AUAACUUUUGAGAAGGCUAGGAGUGAUCUAUAUCUAACUUUGAGAAUAGCCCAUAUAAAUGUUCGACUGUGCCCGUUGCAUAUAUCCUAGGUAGCUUCUUCGUUAUACCACGUGCAUAUGGAACUUCAGUUAGGUCUUGCUCUCCCCACUCACAACUCCGCCGAGGAAUUCAAGCUCAGCAAGUCCAAACAAAUAGUGAGUUCAGAGUUAUGGAGACCCAGUUGCGGUUCUGAAAGUGGAAAGCAUGUCAAACACAAGCGCAACUUUGAAGAGUCCUUUGAACGUUUUCUGAAACCUUUCCCUUUACUAGUAUGGAGUGGGCAGCCAAAUGAAGAAGAUGACCGUAGUCAAAAAGUGAGAAGAAACAUUCACACACCCAACGAGAACCGUAGUGAAGAAAACCAUUUGGUGGGGUGGCCACCAGUUAAGUCAUGGAGGAGGAAAGAACUUCAUCAGCAUCAACCUGCAAGAGGCCAAAUCAGGAACGAUAGGAUUCAAGCUAACGGGAAUCAAAGUAGAGGACCAAACUCUUUAUAUGUCAAAGUUAACAUGGAAGGGGUAACCAUAGGAAGGAAAAUCAAUCUGAGGCUUUUCAACUCGUAUAAAACACUUACAAACGCCUUGAUCAACAUGUUUGCUAAAUACCAAAAAUUGGAGGAGGCUGGAGAAAGUUACACACUCACCUUUCGAAACGAGCAAGGAGAUUGGCUGCAAGUAGGACAUGUUCCAUGGCAAUCAUUUAUUGAUACAGUGCGGCGUUUGGUGCUACUGAAGAAUGGAAGUGAAACUAUUUGAUAGAGUUUAUAAUUUUGCUAUGAUGCUGUUUAUGG